UUUGUAGAGAACUGUUUGCAGUUCUCUAUAGGAGGGGCUACAGGGUUAUAUAAUCUCACGGCAGAACUGCUGAGAGUUUAGAGUGAGUUACGCUGUGAACAAGAUACUAGGAAAUCCGGCACGAGGAAACAUGUCUGGAAAACCCAAGCUGCACUACUUCAAUGGACGAGGCCGGAUGGAACCAAUUCGGUGGCUACUGGCUGCAGCUGGGGUUGAGUUUGAAGAAUCUUACCUAGAAAAAAAGGAGGAUCUAACAAAGUUACAGAAGGAUGGAUCCCUGCUCUUUCAGCAAGUGCCAAUGGUAGAGAUGGACGGGAUGAAGCUGGUGCAGACCAGAGCCAUUGCCAACUACAUAGCAACGAAGUACAACCUCUGUGGGAAGGACCUGAAGGAGAGAGCCCUAAUCGAUAUGUACGUGGAAGGAAUGUUUGAUCUGAAUGAGUUACUCAUGACAUAUGGCUACCAACCAGCAGACAAAAAAGAGCAGCAUUUUGCUAAUAUGAUGGACAAGGCGACAAAUAGAUACUUCCCAGUCUUUGAGAAGGUUUUGAAAGACCAUGGAAAAGACUUCCUGGUUGGCAACCAGCUGAGCAGGGCAGAUGUGCAAUUACUGGAACUCAUUUUAAUGGCAGAGGAGUUCAAACCUGAUAUACUUGCCCAAUUUCCUCUCCUGCAGCGCUUCAAAGCAAGAAUAAGCAAUAUCCCCACAAUAAAGAAAUUCCUGCAGCCUGGCAGCCAGAGGAAACCCCCAGUACGAGAGGAGGACGUAGCCAAAGUGAUCAAAAUUUUCUACUGAGCAGUAGCCUCAAGCUCCAAAAACUAUUUCAUUAUGUUUGCUGACAGUGGGAAAACACUUAAAAGCAAGUUUUUUGAUCCUACAAGCAAAGGAAAUAGUUCACAGAUUUGGGAGUAUGUUGGACAACACAGGAUGCCU